CACUGCUGUCCAGGUCAAUCCUGCCAGGGGCAGUACUGGAGCACUGGAAGGGAGGGGUGACCUCCACUCUUGGGCCACAGGAACUGUGAAGAAAGUGUAGAUAUCUGAUUGUCUGUGUGCCACGGUUCUGAUACUUAGCCACCAUUGGAGCCUCAGGGCAGAUCAGGAAGUUGCAUCUUCAGCCUUCAGGUCCCACCAGGAAGUUGCCUCAGCCAGAGCACCCUUGCAGUUGGAAGAGACACUUUCCUUCCCACUGGCCAUUUUCAUACCUUUUCCUUAGUGGGUCAGAUCUGCAAGGGAGAGUGUUUAAGGAGGGAGGGAGCCAAAGUUGAGAGGAAAAAGCCCCUCAGUGCACUGAGGCUUUAGCUCUGCCCAUAUAGCACUGGCAGUCUGGUAUAAACACCCAGCCAGCCCCCGAUUUCUUGGGUUGCCUGCCUUAACAGCUGUAGAGGGCUCAGAGCUUUUCUCCCUGGUUUCCAAGGAAGAAACCCUCCUUAGCAAGAGAGAAAGAGAAAAAAAAAGACCUGAGAGUUCCACUGUAACUAAGCCAUUUGGGGGCCUCUUCUGGAGGACUGACUCCAUCAGAGUACCAGACAAUCACGGCCACUUCCUAGGCAGUACCCUCCAGUUUGGCGCAACCUGUACUGACCUCAUGUGAAAAAGAAGUGCCACUUCGUGGUUGCCAAGAUUGAGGCACCAGAAAGCUCUGGUGGUGGCGAGGGUCCAUUGGUCUGCUUGGAUAUAAAUAAUAGGUGGACUCGAGCAGCAAAGGUCAGAAAAGUUUUAUUUGCAGAGAAGAGAAAGGAAAGGCAGCAGGACCCAGAAACCGGUGGUCCCCUGGGUCAGGUUGGAAAUCAAGUUUUAUAGCUUUUUUUAUUAGCAGAGGGCAGAGAUUUUGAUGUGGAUGGAUGUCAAAGGAGAGGAGUCUCUCUGGUGAGAACAGAUAUUUCUUGAGAAGGAGAUGUGACUCCCUGGUGCAAACAGAUGUUUCUUGGGAAGAAGAAGGGGCAUUUUUUCACCCUGGCUAAUUGUCAUCUUUUGGGAACACAUGGACCUUCCACAGUCUGCCCUUCAAGUGUACCAUAUUCCCCCCAAAAUGUCUAAAUACAUGAAAGCCAUUAUGACUGUUGCUUCUUCUGCAGCCAUUUCUCACUUCACAAUUUCUAGUCCUCUUGUAAAUGUUCUUAAGCAGUGUGUCUUUUGGUUUUUUUAAUAUAAUAUAACCGUCCUUUUUUUGAUAACAUAGAGAUUAGUAAUGAUGAGUCAUACAGCCUAACUUUUCUUCAGUUGACUGAUUUCAUAAACUCAGACAAGACCCUUUCUCCAAGUCUCAAUUUCCACCUUUACGAAGGAUGUUGUACUCAAUGGUCUCUAGGGGCCAUUCUCAAGGACACUGUCAUUGUUUCUGGCUGCCAAUGUCUCCCUUGGUUCUCUGUCUUUCUCUCUUCUCCCAGCAAGUAAAACUCGGCAGCCCUGAUUACAUAGACUGUGAUCAAGAAAAGGUUUUGGACGACUUUCUAAAAAGAAUUGAGUGCUAUGAGGUCAACUACCAACCCUUGGAUGAGGAAUUGGACAGCCACCUGUCCUACAUCAAGAUCUUCGAUGUGGGCACACGCUACAUGGUGAAUCGAGUGCAGGACCACGUGCAGAGUCGCACAGUCUACUACCUCAUGAACAUCCACGUCACACCACGCUCCAUCUACCUAUGCCGACAUGGCGAGAGUGAACUCAACCUCAGAGGCCGCAUCGGAGGUGACUCUGGCCUUUCAGCUCGGGGCAAGCAGUAUGCCUAUGCCCUGGCCAACUUCAUUCAGUCCCAGUGCAUCAGUUCCCUGAAAGUGUGGACCAGCCACAUGAAGAGGACCAUCCAGACAGCUGAGGCCCUACAUGUCCCCUAUGAACAGUGGAAAGCCCUGAACGAGAUUGAUGCGGGUGUUUGUGAGGAGAUGACCUAUGAAGAAAUCCAGGAACACUACCCUGAAGAAUUUGCACUACGGGACCAAGAUAAAUAUCGUUACCGCUAUCCCAAGGGAGAGUCUUAUGAGGAUCUGGUUCAGCGUCUGGAGCCAGUUAUAAUGGAGCUAGAACGACAGGAGAAUGUACUGGUGAUCUGCCACCAGGCUGUCAUGCGGUGCCUCCUUGCCUACUUCCUGGAUAAAAGUUCAGAUGAACUGCCCUAUCUCAAGUGCCCUCUACACACAGUGCUCAAACUCACACCUGUGGCAUAUGGCUGCAAGGUGGAGUCCAUCUACCUGAAUGUGGAGGCCGUGAACACACACAGGGAGAAGCCUGAGAAUGUGGACAUCACCCGGGAACCUGAGGAAGCCCUGGACACAGUCCCUGCCCAUUACUGAGCCAUUUUCAAGGGAUCAAACUGCCUCCGUCUUCACUGCCUUCCAUCUGCAGGAACUGCUAUCCUUGCUUUUUCCCUGAGAACUCUGGCCUUUUCCUCACUGGGAGAGCCUAGCUGCAGUAUGUACUCCUCCAUGUACUCCAGCAGCUCCAAAACAGGUCUCAAUUCCUAGCCACAACUAAGGAGCUACCUAGCUCUCAAUGAAGCUUUCUUAACUCCUAUUCUGUGAUCAAUAAAGACCUUGCUUACUUGAGGACAGAAGGACUUCUCCCAUUGUUCUAAAGAUUGUGAUCCAACUCUGGUGUUAUGGAUGUGGAAUAGGUGAGGAAUUCCUGGAGAUGCACCUCCAAAGAUGGGGGAAAAGAUAGGUUCCUGUAAGUGCCUGGGGGCUUUGGUCCCUGGUGGCCAAGGUGAAUGGGAGAACACUUUCAUUCUUAUACUCAGAGAAGAAUCUGGUACUGGGACCAAGUACCCCAUCUCUUCUCCAACUCUUUCUGCCAUCCUGAGUGAUUUUGCUGUCCAUAUGAAAGAUCCAGCCAACACCCUGGCCUUCCAGUACCCUGACCGCCCCCCUCAACUUCAGUGAUCAUGGUCUCCUUUUCACUCCACAGAUCUUGUUGGCAUCAUCUCUUGAUGCAAGCCUUCCACUCACAUUCAAGUCUCUACAACUCAGCAUCCUCUAUAGGGUCCCUGGCAGCAUGCCCCGUGUUGGCAUGCGUGUGUAUUUCUUGAAUGAACAGUAUUUGCUUUUGUAUGUGAGCGGUGUAUUCCUUUGACUAGUCUGUUAGUCCUGUCUCUCCUCAGUAUUCCUCCAUCCCUAACCAGGUUGAAUCCCAUGGUCCACCUCUUCAGCCACUGUCUAUAUACCAACUAUGACCCAUAUACCAGUGACCCAGUGGUAAAAAAGACAGACUAAUAAACUUGCUGCCUUUGUUCCCUUGUCCUUUCAUCACAAU